AUGGCUGACACUGGCUGCCAGAGCUGCCUGGCCAGCAUGAAGAUCAUUGAACGCUUUGGCCUCCAACAAAAAGAUCUCAUCCCUGUCACUAUGCGCAUGGUAGCAGCUAACAACAAAGGGAUCAAUAUACUUGGAGCAACCAUCCUACGCUUCUCCGGCAGGUCGAAGUCUGGUGCAACACUGGAAACCCGGCAAAUAACCUACGUGACCAGUGACUCUGAAAGAUUAUUCCUCAGCAGGGAAGCAUGUGUAGCCCUUGGUAUGAUUUCUGAAACAUUUCCCACUGUCGGUGAAGCAUCACCUUUAACCACCUUACCACUAUCUGACGCGUCACCAGGAAACACCAACACCACCCCAAAGCAAACACCACAAAGUGCACUCACAGCACCAUGCAACUGUCCACUGCGCCAGAAACCACCGCCUCGACCUACACAACCACCCUUCCCUGCCAACAAUGCUAAUCGAGCACACCUCCAACAGUGGCUCCUUGACUACUAUGCUGCCAGUACCUUCAAUAUAUGCGAACAUCAGCCCCUCCCACUUAUGCACGGUCCACCAAUGCGGCUUAUGGUCAACCCAGAUGCCACCCCGAUAGCACACCAUACCCCUAUACCAGUACCACUACACUGGCAAGAGCUGGUCUUGACCGCGAUGUGGCAUUGGGCGUCCUUGAGCCAGUACCAAUUGGCGAACCCGUCACCUGGUGUCAUCGAAUGGUCGUUUGCGCUAAGAAGAAUGGCCAGCCUCGCAGGACAGUUGACCUCCAAGACUUAA